AGAACUGAAAUUCUGUCUGCCAUGAGAUGUCUUUUUGCCUUACUGAACUGCAUCUGUGGUCUUUGAAGAAUACUUUACAUAUUGGAGAUGGAGAUAUUGGAAUCUAUCAGUAUUAUGACAAGAAAGAAGCAGUAUCACCAACAAAGUUUAGUUACUUAGAAGACAAGCAACAGCUGGCAGAAUCUCGCGAUUAUCCAUGGAUACUCAAGAACAAACGCCCAGAAAAACUUCGAGACACACUCAAGGAGCUGGAGGAGCUGCUGCAAAACAGCCAGUGUGUGCUAAGCAAAUGGAAGAACAAAUAUAUCUGUCAGCUUCUCUUUGGUUCAGGUGUGCUGGUGUCCUUAAGCCUUUCUGGGCCACAGCUGGAGAAAGUGGUGAUUGACAGGACCCUGGUGGGGAAGCUCAUCUCCGACACCAUCAGUGAUGCUAUCCUUACAGACAAUUUCAUCAUCUUGGCCUUUCUGGAGCAAAACAAACUCUGCUUUAUUCAGUUUACCAAGAAGGCAGGUUCUCCUGAUUUAAACAAAGGAAUGGAAAAACUAUCAACCUUGGAUUGUAAGAUUUCCUACCUUGAAAUACCUGGACCAGUAAGUAGAAGGGUAGAACGUCACCUGGCUAUCAAUUCCGUUCAGGAUAUGGUGAUUUGCUGGUGGCCAACAGCUAGUGACGAUGCCUGGCCGUGGUCUCCUGUUUCCACUGAGAAGGACAGAGCUAACCUGUUGCUCCUAGGAUGUGCUAAUGGAAGACUGGAGGUUCUGAGCUACAUCCGUACAGAAUGGAAUCCACUUGAUGCCAGCUUUAGCACUAAUCAGCCUUAUCAGGUGCACACAGUGGAGCACUCCAUCAGUGUGGACAAAGAGCCCAUGGCUGACAGCUGCGUCUACGAGUGUAUUAGGAAUAAAAUCCAGUGCGUGGCCAUCACCCGAAUACCACUAAGAUCAAAGGCCAUUAGCUGCUGCAGGAACAUUUCUGAAGACAAGCUGAUUCUGGGCUGUGAUGACUCCUCCGUGAUUCUCUACGAAGCCGACCGCAGAGUGACCCUCUUCGCCCAGGCUGAACUUUUGCCCACACUGCUAAACUGUCAUCCCGAUGGGGCCUUAAUUCUGGUUGGCAGCUCCCAAGGGGAGUUGCAGAUUUUUGAUAUGGCACUGUCCCCGAUUAAAAUCCAGCUUCUGGCCGAAGACUGCUCCCCAGAAGACACUCUGCAGUUCAGUAAACGGUUUGAGGUCUCCCACAGCCUUGUUCAGAUUCAAUGGACAGUGCCUCAGUGUGCUAACGAUGUUGCCGUCCAUGAUCUCCUUUUCCUGAGGUUUGAUAAAGGACCUAUAGGAGUACUACUUUUUAAACUUGGUGUCUUCACUAGGGGACAGCUGGGUCUUGUAGAGAUCAUCAACCAAUACAUCUGUUAUGAUGAGAUCGAUGAAGCAAUAAGUAUCUUAAGUAGCAUGAGCUGGGACACUAUGGGACACCAGUGUUUUAUCGGUAUGAGUGCCAUUGUAAAUCAUCUUCUUAGACAGACGUUCACCCUGGAGAGAGAAGCGCUGCUGUGUUUGAACUCCACAGCACAGCUCGAGGCAAGCCUUGGGACCUUUUAUGCUCCAACAAGACCACUCUCAGAUACAGCUGUGUUGGAAUUUAGAGAUCCAAUCAGCAGAUAUGCAAGGAGGUUCUUCCACCAUCUGCUCAGACACCACAGAUUUGAAAAAGCUUUUCUGCUCGCCAUGGACAUUGGUGCUCGGGACUUAUUCAUGGACAUCCAUUACCUUGCAUUAGAUAAGGGUGAAUUGGCACUAGCUGAAGUGGCAAAGAAAAGGGCUAACGACAUUGAUGCAGAAUCAAUAGCUACUGGAGUUGAGCUACUGGGACCAUUAGAUGGAGGGGACAGGCUAACAGCAGCUUUAGAUGGCCUAUCUUUAAGUCCACAAGCAGAGGAGGCGCAUCCAGAAAACUUCCUUCUUCCUGGCCCAGAUGGGAACCCCAUCUCACACUGCCCAUCCCACGACAGUUCUUUUCACAGACCUACAUAUUCUAGACAAGUAGCUGACAAAGAGCAUGAACCUGAAAAGGACAUCUAUGCUUCAUCCCUGAUGGAUAAGACAGGUGUAGGCUGGAAUUCAGGAGGAGACCUGGGAGAAGAUUACUUAGAAGAGGAAACUGGAGAUGGUGGUUCUUUAAGAAUGGUUCAUUUUGGCUUAGUGUAAAUAAGAACAACUUUGUCACCAAAUAUGAAAACGUUAUUUACAAAUGUAAUAUUAAAAUGAACACAAAUGACCUUCCUGAACAGUUGACCAUCUAACCAGGGGAAUUCACACAUUUUCAUAAAUGUGGAUGCCUGUAAGAGUCUGGACAUUGUAACUGGGUGGUGAACUUGAGUUAAACAAGCAGUUCUUGAAUAUCCACAGACUGAUUAUUCAGUUUAUGGAUAGCAUGCCUUUAGGCCAUUUCACUGUUCAUUAGCAGGAGAGGCUAGGCAAGAUCAGAAGAUUGGUAGCUCUGAGUAUUAUUUGAUGAGUUUGGAUUAAAAUCUUUAGUUCAACCAUGUCAAACAAAUUCCUGUGGAUGACCACAUAGGCAGUUACAGUCAUAAAGAAGCUACAAGUUACUAAUAAACUGCUAAUCACUGGU